UGUGCUAGUGGAACACGUGAGAAGCAGGAUCCCUGCGGUAUGGAUGGGCUGCAGGCGCAACCCGCCGGAGCCGGCGUCGUCGGGGAAGACACCGAGGAGAGGUAUCGCGCUCUCGCCUUUGACACAGCUCUGAGCACUUUGGUGGCAGUGGCCGUGUACGCGCUGGUGAAAGUGAGUCUGGACGGCUUCAGACAGUGGCGGGCCAGGAUCUCGGUGCUCAUCGUGGGUUCGGGACCCGUGGGGCUGACGGCCGCGCUGGUCGCUGUCCGCUCCGGUAAGGUGCUGAAACUGACCGUGCUGGAUGAGCGGUGCCGGGCUGCCCUGCUCUGCCGGCCCCAGCAGAUUGCCUUGGAUCCCCGCAGUGUGAAGUUUCUGCUGGGACUCGGGGUGGACUUUGAUAACAUGGAGGGCUGUUGGCACAACGAGCAUUUCUUCACCAGGAUAGGCGUGUUUCAGGAGUACCUGCUGAGCAUCCUGGAGCAGAAGAAACUUAAGGUGGACGUCAAGGUGCACCUUGGAACCAAGUUCACAGAGGAAUACCUGCGGCGGAUUCAGCGGAACGAGUGGCCUCGUGUGAUUGUGGUGGCCGAUGGGUCGUGUGGCGACUCCUGCUCCGUGCUGGGCAUUAGCUCUGACUACACCGUGGAGUCCUGCCAUGCCUAUGGAGCUAAUGCGACUAUAGAGAGACUAGAUCAGAGACAGGUUCCCACUCCUGAGAUCCGUGCCCCCAACCUCUACUUCGACCUGUCUGCUUAUGGCGUGGAGGGCCUCCGAGAGGCCAGAAAUUCCACGGCCAAACCUGGGUUUCACCUCAAGAUCUAUGGCACCUUCAGGAACCGCUACAUAGCCCUCGCCUGCCCCGCUUCUGACACCAAGAUGGUCCGCUUCCUCCGGCACACGGCCAACUCCUCUAUCAUGAAGAAUAUUUUCCACCAGUCCUUCAAUGUUUAUAAGACGGACAUCGAGCCUCGUCUCAACGACGUGACGCUCCACCGCAUGCAGUGCAGUCGGCGUCUCUUUGAGAUUCAGUUAUCACACAGACGCGUCAGCGCUGCCUUCAUAGAGGGGGACAAUGUGGCCGUCACCGUGGAGGGGGAGGCAGCACGGGUCCUCAACUUUGACACAGGUUGCGGAGUGAAUCUUGGUAUGCAAGGACUGGAGUCAAUGGGGAUGUUCAUUUACCAGACAGCCACAGCUGUGGACCAGAAUGAUAUUCUAGAGGCACUGUCUGCUAAAAUGCAGCACUCCAGACAGGUGGCUGAGAGCUUCAAGCAGACAGGCCUGUCUCAAUCAAUUUAUGAAUGAAACACGAGCAUGACCAGGAGAAGGCAUGUGCCACCUAGUGGGAAGUGGUGGUGGAUUGUUUGUUUUUACACUGAAUGUUUACAAUGAACCAUGAGACGGAUGCUGAAAUGGACACUAAAUGGUUACAAUCUGAAAGAAAUUGAACGGACGUGAGCUUUGAACAGAUUAAUAAUGAGUGUAAAGAUGUGACCAUAACUCUUUGUGUAGAACACUGGGUGGAUGGAUGGAGCAUAAACCCCAUGGACACAUUUGCUACCUUUAAAGUUCUGUUUUUCAGGUUGCAAAGCUCGUCAAUUCAAACGGCUGCAGAGGAGAUCUGAAGCAAUCUACAGUACAUUGUCUAUUAAUGCAUUUCACUGGAUUUGGACUGCUCUGUUAAGUGUCAGAAUGAAUAGGUUGGGGAGUUUUUGAAGUUAAUGAAAAUCUGUGAUCCAUAUAAUUUUCAUCACUCGUCUUCUCCCUUUAUUAGAGAAAGAAUUGACUUGAUUUCCUAAAUCUAUUCCAUUGUGUUCUCUUAACAUCAGUGGUAAUGAGUUUGUGGCGCA